GGGGUGUCUUCCCGGGUCCUAUGUUCCCCAGCCACACGCUCCUGCAAGGGGAAGCGGGAAUGCCAGGAAGGCGGAGGGAAGAGCCCGAGUUGUGGGAAGUGAGGGUGGGCCUUGGGGAGACCCAGCAGGAGAGGAGGAGGCAGGAUUCGCACCAGGCUCCCCGAGGGCCCGAUCCUGACUCCGGGAGAGAAGCUGGGCAGCCUCUCCAGCUGCCUCCUUCCCGGCCCUCCUGGGGGGGGGGGGGGACCUCGGCACUGCCAUGGGAUGAGCCGUUUCGGGCUCCGGGCAAGUUGGGUGAAGGUUGUUCAGUGGCUGAAUUCCAAUUUCUAAUUCUUGGCUUUUCUUUUUCUUUCCAUCUCAGAUACAGAAACUGGAAGCCAUUUGUGGUCUUUGAAAGGCAAACUUUUCUGUUAGAAGGGAAAAAAAGGAGCGGAAUAACUUGCAGGGAUCCAUCCUGCGGUCCCAUAAAUGGUCCUGUGAAGGAAAAGGGCAUCUGGAGACCCACCAGAGUCCUUGGACCCAUCUGGAGUUGCUUUGCAGGACAGAGAAAGGAUGGAGGCACAACCUUUUGCCAAGGAGGGAAGCGGAAAAGGCCCUUCAGCUGCUCAGCCUGGGAAGGGGGGGAAGCUCCGGACAGAAACUGGGCAGAAGAUCCUGGAGGAGGAACCAUCCUCCCUUCAGAAGUUCAGCCCUGGAACUUCAUCCAAUACCGGGAGGCUGAAAGUCCCCGAGGACUUUGCAGCCGACUCUAUGACAUUUGCAGGCGAUGGCUGAGACCAGAAAAACACAGCAAAGCCCAGAUGCUGGAUCUGGUGGUUCUGGAGCAUCUCCUGUUCCUGCUGCCCCCAGAGAUGGAGGGUUGGGUGAGGGAGUGUGGAGCACAGAAUAGCUCCCAGGCGGUGGCCCUAGCAGAAGGCUUCCUCCUGAGCCAGGCAGAAGAGAAGAAGAAGCAGGUCCAGUUGCAGGGCUCCAAUGUGGAGAUCAGAGAUCCUGAGGGAAAGAAGAACCCAUCAAAUCCACCUCAAGAGCUAUUUUUCAGGAGGAUCCCUUGGGAACAUCAAAGUCAAGACGCCUCAGGAGAGAAACGAAGAAUGAACUUUUCUGGUUUUUAUGACGGAGAACAAACAGCCGUUGAACCUCCAAAUCAAGAGAGUCUUGUGUCCUUUGAAGAAGUGGCUGUGUAUUUCUCUGAGGAGGAAUGGUCUCAGAUGGAUCCUGACCAAAAGUGCUGCAUUCGGAAGUCAUGCUUGAAAACCAUAGGAAUGUGGUCUCUCUGGGUAAUAAUGGGCAGGAGAAUCAAGAUUCCUGUGAAUUGUUCAAAGAGAUCAGUGCUAAAGAUGAACGGAGAAGUUUGAAAUUCAAAUGGAAUUUGAAAGCCAUGAGAGGAACCAGUCAAAGAAUUGGAAUCAGGAAAGUUCAUCUUCCACUGAUGCUCCGAUGCAAGACGUUCUUGCCCAAGAAGAGAACAUAAGGGAAAAAUAUACUGGAAAAAGCGUGAAGCUAAUCAAAGCUGAAUUACAUGUAAAUGAACACUAUUUAACCCAAAACAAAGGAGAAGAUGCUAUAAGAAACGACAACGGAGAAAUUCUAAUGGCGCAUUCAUUCUUUCUCUUGGUAAUAACUUCCUUACAU